AAUGGAUAAAGUCUUAGAAGUUGUUGAAGGUUUUCAUCCAGACCUAAAGGAUGACGAUAGCGUCGAUAGGUUGAAUAGCCGAUGGACUGUUAUUAUUCUUAUGAUAUUUUGCGUUGUUGUAGCUGGUGAAACUUACGUUGGAACGCCCAUCAAAUGCUGGGCUCCUCAACACUUUACCGACUCUCAUGAGAAGUAUAUGAAUAACUUUUGCUGGGUGAAAAACACCUAUUAUUAUCCAAUGCAAACUGACUUACCGUUGAUAAGCGAAGGUGAUGAGGGGAAACAUUUUAUACCAUACUAUCAAUGGAUACCGUUUAUAUUGUUAAUUCAAGCUGUACUUUUCUAUUUCCCGUCGGUUAUAUGGCGAUCGUUUAAUCAAUCGGCUGGAAUCGAUGCUGAUAACAUUCUAAAAGCGGCUUUCGAUCUUGAAAAGGUUAUUGAACAGGAUAUUAGGGAAAAUAGCCUCGGAGUUAUAGUUCAACUCAUGCAUCGCUAUUUAAUAAGUCGGAGUAAGAAUCGCAAAGUAUUCUUUAUAUGCUCCCGACGUUAUGGUUGUUAUUUACUAGUGCUGUACCUUUUUUCAAAGCUUCUCUAUUUAACAAACGUUACUAUACAAUUCCUAUCAUUGUCCUACAUCCUUGGUACCAGCUAUGGAAUUUACGGAAUUCGGGCAAUAUACGAAUUCAGAUCAUUAACAACACCGUCAAAUCCCACUUUUCCUAGGGUAACAAUGUGCGACUUUAGGACUAGACGAUUAGGUAAUGUUCACCGUUAUACAGUUCAGUGUUGUCUUCCUAUAAACAUGUAUAAUGAAAAAGUCUACGUUUUCCUUUGGUUUUGGUUCCUUUUCGUUGCCUUAUUAACGACUUUGAAUCUUUUACUAUGGAUUGUUAGAAGUUUGUGGUACGGGGGUAAAGUAAAUUACAUAUUUAAUCAUCUAUCGAAGGACGACAGAGAAAGUCUAGAAAAUACUGGCAAUAGUAAAAGAUUACAGAAAUUCGUUACUCGCUAUUUAAGAAGCGACGGAGUGUUUCUUAUUCGAUUGAUAAAUCACAAUAUGAGUAAAAGAACAACCGAUGAGAUAACUUCAAUGCUAUUUAAUUUAUGGACUCAAGAAUUUAAUGAUACUAUUAUCAAUGGCAAUUCAAUGUUUGGAGAAGAUCAACCUGAUAAUCAAUUAUUCGACGAUGAACCCGUUAACUUGUAA